AUGAUUUUAAUCAUAAGUGUUCAAGGAUUAAAUUCGGAAUGUCAAACGAAUGAUUCAUCAUGUUUGGACAUUAACAUUGUCAUCACAUAUUCGGGCGUGGAAAUUGACAUUAUUGAUAAAAACAUUGAAAACAUAAAAGAGUUGCACAUUGUUAAACAGAUUAUGAAAUAUUUCCCGACAAAUUUGGGCAAAAAGUUUCCUAGCAUCACAAAUCUUCACAUUCAAACAUCACAAUUGAUGAAAAUUGAACGAAAUAAUUUUCAGACAAUUAAACAAUUAAAUACUUUGAAUCUUCGUGAUAACGAAUUGGCAGACAUUGAACGUGAAACUUUCGAUGACCUUCUUUUGUUGGAAUAUUUGGACUUAAGCGACAACAAAUUAAAGGAACUUGACCGAAGACUUUUCAAUAAAUUAACUAAUUUAAAAACUCUCAUUUUAGAGUCGAACUACAUUGAAGAAAUUGAUUUGAAUCUUUUCAAAAACACACGAAAAUUAAAAACUCUUUCAUUAUCAAAUAAUUUCUUAAGAAAGCUUCCAACUUACAUCUUCAGAAACUUAAACCAAAUGGAAGAACUUCAAUUAGAUGACAAUGACUUAGUUGGCUUGCAGAAUCAUUUAUUUGAAAAUAAUAAAAAUUUGAGAAAGUUGACAGUAGCAAACAACGUCAUCCAAUCAAUCGGAAAGGAUAAUUUCGAGCUUUUGUCAAAUUUAUCAGAACACAACUUUCUUUUCAAUACAUGCACCCAUGAUCUGAAACCUGAUUAUAGCAUUGAUGAGUUGAAAUUAACGAUUGAGAAUAAUUGUACUGUCGAUAAAGACGCAGAGAUCCUUUGGUUGAAUGAUGAAAUUGUUGAAAUAAAAAGAUUUAAAAGAGAAGACGAGGAAAAAUUGGAAUGCGCUGAGAUCGAGCAACAAAGGGAAAACGAUGCAAUAAUUUCUAAUCUGACGGAUAUUUUUAACGAUCUCACGAAUCUUAAAGCUCAAAAUGAAAAACUAGAAAAUCAACUUUUGAGAACACAAACUUUAAUUCUUGCAGAAAUUACUGGAUCAAAGAAUGUUAACAGACCAACUGAUGAAUUGAAAAAAGUUUCAUGCGAUUUCUAUCAACUCUGCUAUGAUUUCUUGAAAAAAGUUUUAACUGAUUUAACUGAAGAUGGAAGACAAGAAAUCUUUACAACAUUUGAUGAAAUUAGAAAAGCUUUUUCUGACGGACAAAGCGAUAUAUCAGUUAAAGAAUUCAAGCCAUUUUUCUCUGAUUUCCAAACAACUAUCGAAGAUGCAGUUUCUUCUUUCAAAGCGAGAGUCAAAAGUAAUUGUGAACUCACAAUCUCUGAAACUCAAAUUUUCGAUUGA